CCCCUCCGCCGCCUCCUCUCGCUCUUCUCCUCGGUGCUCCAAUGGCGGAAGAAGACGCUAAAGCUCUGAACUUUGUCCACGAGACGGUGCUGAAGAAGAGGAAGAAUAAUGAAGAUUGGGCUAUAAAGAGAAGGGGGCAGCUUGCGGCCAAGAAGCAGAGGAAUCAAGAAAGUUUGAAGCUUGCCAUCAAACGCCCGGAACAAUUCGUCAAAGAGUAUCGAGACAAAGAAUUGGACAUUGUUAGGAUGAAGCACAGGCUGAAGAAGAGAAAAGCAAAGCCAGAGAAAUUUGAUUCCAAGCUUCUUUUUGUUAUUCGAAUUCAUGGAUCACAAGGCAUGCAUCCUGAGACUAGGAGAGUACUAAAUAGGCUGAGAUUGAGGCAUAUUUUUGAAGGUGUGUUCGUUAAAGUUAAUCAAGUAACUUCGAAGUUGUUGAUGGCUGCAGAGCCUUUCAUCACUUACGGCUAUCCUAAUUUAAUGAGUGUGAAGGAUCUAGUUUAUAAGAAGGGGUGUGGAAGAAUUGGAAGGCAGAGGUUUCCUCUCACUGAUAACAAUUUAAUUGAACAGUCUCUAGGGCAACACAAUAUAAUUUGUCUCGAAGAUAUUGUUCAUGAGAUUGCUACCGUUGACCACGCUUUCAAGGAUGUGACCAAUUUCUUAUGGCCUCUCAAGCUUAAGAAACCCGAAAAUAUGCCGUUGAGGAAAAAGUCAUACAAGGAUGGUGGUGAUACGGGUAACCGGGGGAGUGACAUCAACGAAUUCAUUAGUAAAUUGAACUAAGGAGAAAUGUGGUUCCACUUUGUUUUACGUUCCGGGCAAUUUCGACUCUCUGACUCAGCCUGCUCUUGGAAUAGAAUUGUUCUGUUUGAACUAUAUUAUCUUGUAUGCAAUUCCUUUUAACUAGUCUUGUAUGGAGCUCUAUUGUUUUUUUUUUUGCUCUUAUGUAUUCACUAUUCAGGCAAAUGGUGCAAGUUUUGUAGUGCAUUAUUAAACAAGCAAUA